UGUCUCACACAUCUACAAUGGCACUUUGGAAAUGUAUCGCUCUGCUGUGUCCAUUUCUGUUUUUCGCCCAAAUUUGUUCAAUGCCAACAAAAUGCAAGCAGAUGGAUCUCGUGGAAACAACUCACAGUCUACUUGAGAAUAUGGGAGGGCUUUUUCCUCGUGAAUGUUUAAAAGAACACGUCAAAAUAAGCGUCCCGACAUCUGCACUGCAAUCAAACGACUCCAAUCAGAACAUUGGUGUAGCAAAGGCAGGGUAUAAAAUCAUGGAGCACAUUGACUACCUGUUUGCUAACGACAGUCAUCCAGAAUCCUGGAACCAGAAGAAAGUGGAGGAUUUCCAGAACAUAGUUUAUCGUUUAUGUAUUAUGGGGAGAAAGCACGAGCGACCCGUGGAUGAUCUUCCCACAACAGGAGAUGCUCUGAAAACCUACUUUGAUAAACUGGCCUCUCUCCUCAGAAACAAGGACUACAGUGUGUGCGCGUGGGAGGUGGUUCGAAAGGAGCUCCUGCUUGUUCUUAAACUCACGCUUAACCUGACAUCAUUCUAUCAGAUUAUGGGGAGAAAGCACGAGCGACCCGUGGAUGAUCUUCCCACAACAGGAGAUGCUCUGAAAACCUACUUUGAUAAACUGGCCUCUCUCCUCAGAAACAAGGACUACAGUGUGUGCGCGUGGGAGGUGGUUCGAAAGGAGCUCCUGCUUGUUCUUAAACUCACGCUUAACCUGACAUCAUUCUGUAAAUUAUUCUGA